ACCAUCUCAGCCAGCUUUCGAAUUGCACUACUCUUUCCCCUGUAUAUACCUAUAACUUUCUCACCUCCGCUGAACUGGCACACACAUACUAUACUACGAUCGCACCGCUACCGCUACCGCUACCGCUACCGCAACAAUGCCUCCUCUAAUCCGCGUCAUCGGCUCCCUCAACGUCGACAUGGUCUCAGUAACCCCGCGAUUCCCCUCCCCCGGCGAAACGAUAACAACAUCAUCCUACUUCAUGUCCGCCGGCGGCAAAGGCGCAAACCAAGCCGUCGCCUGCGGUCGCACCUCCCGCCCAAAAUCCACCUCCCCCAACACCCCCUCCGCCCCCAGCACGCCGAUUGAUGUCGAAAUGGUAGGCGCAGUCGGAGCAUUGGACGGCCACUUUGACUCCCUCCUCAAACCUACUCUUGAAAAUUCGGGGGUUGAUACGUCGCGGGUGCGGAUUAUUCCUGAUGCGUAUACGGGUGUGGCGAUGAUUAUCGUGGAUGAAUCGGCUGGGGGUGAGAAUCGGAUUUGUUUCUCUCCCGGGGCGAAUUAUAAGGGCAUGCAGCCUGUUCCCGAGGUAUUGGGGCUGGGUCUUGCUGCUCCAGUGCCGGAUGUUAUAGUGCUGCAGGGUGAGAUUCCGAAGGAGUCGUUGGUCGGGACAUUGCGUGAGAUUGGCGCGUUUAAGCAGAGAAAUCGUGAAGAGGGGAAGAAAGGGAUCGAAAUUGGACCGGAAGUUGUGUUUAACCCUGCGCCCGCGCCGCCGGGGGGGUUGCGGCCGGAAGACGGGAUGGCUUCUGUGGAUCACCUUAUCAUGAACGAGACGGAGGCGGAACUGAUGAGCCCAUCGGAGGAGGAACUGGGACGGCAUGCCUGCGUCGGUGAAAAUAGGAAAAAGAAUAUUGCGGGCUAUUUCCAGGCAUAUGGUACGACGUACGUUAUCAUCACGCUUGGUUCGAAGGGCUCCUGGUACAGCGCCUGCCAGCCCGGCAGUGGCGGUCCCAUAAACGGGGUUGACAGAUUCAUGGGCGAGAUUCCGGUGGAUAAGGUGUCGAAGGUGCUCGAUACGACAGCCGCGGGGGAUACGUUUGUGGGUGCAUAUGCAGUGGAGAUUGCGCGGUGGCGUGAGGCGAGGAGAACUUCUGGGAAGGCCGGGGUGGAUCUCACGGAAGAGGAGCUGAAGGAACGGUACGAGACUGUGACGGAACGGGCGAUGAGAUUGGCGACAAAAGCAGCGGCGCGGUGCGUUGAGAGACAGGGGGCGAUGGAUAGCAUUCCUUGGGAGAAUGAGCUUUGAAAGGCGUGCACGAUGUACCAUACUCUGUACUUUACGUUAGAUAUAGAUAUCCAUAAAGCACAGUCAAUAUGUGGCAAAGCGAGGUGUCUCGCGAAGAAUGGAAUGUCCAUGUGUAACCGGGCAUCUAUGUUGCGGAUCUGUCACUCACAUUUCUCGCGUUUGAUAAUGGACCAUACUGCUACAGAAUAUUGCGCAUGUAUUCGAAACAAUUCCAUUUGUAUAGUCCUCUAGAUGAC